AGGUUAAGAAAUCGAUACGUUCAGGUCAUCGGGCGAACAUCUUCAGUGCGAAGUUCAUGCCGCACACCAACGAUCAGGAGAUCAUCUCCUGCUCUGGAGAUGGCAUCAUCUACUACACCAACACUGAGAAGAGUCCUGAGCACAACAGACAAUGUCAGUUCACUUGUCACUAUGGGACAGCUUAUGAGAUUAUGACGGUACCAAAUGACCCCUACACGUUUCUGUCAUGCGGGGAGGACGGCACGGUGCGGUGGUUCGAUCUUCGCACGAAGACGAGCUGCAAUAAAGAAGACUGCAAAGAUGUACGGUGACAACUGUGAUAUCUG